AUAUACCUCCCUAACUCUCCUCAUUUCAGGCACCCAUAUCUCUAAUCUCUAAUAAUAGCCUUAUAGCCUUUUUUUGUACAUUAUUUCUCCUCUUCCUCCAGCCAUACUCAAUCUUAGACUGCCUACUCAUAAAUCUAUUCACAAACCACUUCUGCCUAUACAACAGUAACAUAAUGGGGGACAGUAGCGGUUCUGCCACGGCGGCAGGGAAGAGAAUAUUGGGUUUCGCCGCCAUACCGGAGAAGGUUCAGCUGCACGUGGCGAUGUUGGCGUUGCAAUUCGGAUACGCCGGUUUCCACGUCGUCUCUAGAGCUGCCCUGAACAUGGGAAUGAGCAAGGUCGUCUUCGCCAUCUAUAGGAACAUCCUCGCUUUCUUCCUCCUCCUCCCUUUUGCUUAUUUUCUUGAAAGGAAAAAUCGACCACGCCUUACCUGGAACUUUGCUGUUCAGUUCUUCCUGCUGGCAAUUGUUGGAAUAACAGCAAACCAAGGAUUCUACUUGCUGGGGCUAGAGCACACUUCCCCAACUUUUGCCUCUGCUAUUCAAAACUCAGUUCCGGCCAUUACUUUCAUCUUGGCCACCAUUCUCAGGAUAGAAACGGUGAGGCUGGACAGAAAAGAUGGGAUAUCGAAGGUGGUGGGAACGUUGAUGUGUGUAUGUGGGGCCACAGUGAUCACUCUGUACAAGGGCCCCACCAUUUACAGCCCCACACCCAAGCUGUCUCUGUCGUCGCUGCCGAUGCUCGCUCCGGCAAGACUAGCGGCCGUCGGAGACGGAAAUGGGAAGAGCUGGACUUUGGGCUGCAUAUUCCUUAUUGGGCAUUGCCUGUCGUGGGCCAGUUGGUUGGUCCUGCAAGCCCCUGUCCUGAAGAAGUACCCGGCCCGACUCUCGGUCACGUCCUACCAGUGUUUCUUUGGGGUUCUUCAGUUCCUCGCCAUCGGCGCUAUCUGGGAAAGAGACGCUCAAAGGUGGCAUAUUAACACCGGCGCUGAGCUUUUUAGCGUCUUCUAUGCUGGAAUGGUAGCGUCGGGGAUUGCAUUCGCUGUACAGAUAUGGUGCAUCGACAAGGGCGGGCCGGUGUUCGUGGCGGUGUACCAGCCAGUCCAGACCCUCGUUGUCGCCAUCGUGGCCUCCGUCGCUCUCGGAGAGGAGUUCUACUUGGGCGGGAUUAUUGGAGCUGUUUUGAUCAUAAUCGGCUUAUACUUUGUCUUGUGGGGCAAAAAUGAAGAAGCAAAGUUUAUGAAAGGCGCCGCCGUCGUCAGCCCGGUGCAGCCGUCCCUGGCCGCCGCCGCGGAUAACCAAACAAUCAAAUCAUCUCUUCGCAAGCCACUGCUUCAGCCAGCGACGGAAAAUGUUUAAAUUAAUUACUAAAUAAACCACUACCUACGUGGCCUCGAUCACUUUUAUUUCUUACGAAGUAAUUGAUGAAAAUAUAUAAAUAUGUUAUAUAAUUCGGAAUUGAAGAACGAUAGGCUUAAUGUGUGUGUUAGUGUGUACCACCGGCCUUUAAUUAAUUUUUAGUUGAUGCCGUUCAAUUCCAUGUCAUCUCUAUUAUUUUUUGUUGCUUUGGAGUAUUGUCGUUCAUUGUUGGUUUUAGUAUAAAGAAUUUGCUUCAAAUAGGACUAAAUCAUAAAUAAAUUGUACAAAUUGCUUCAAAA